AUGUUGGAGAAGAAGAAGAAGAAAGGGGGAAGGGGGUGUGAAGAGGGGUCGUACUCGAGAGGGUCGUGUCCUAAAACCACGCCUGACCCUGAGACUGACGCGACAAUGAAGUACGAAAGGAGUAAUGUUUGGAUUGGCUUAAGUGGAAAAACACCAAACGAUUUCAAAUGGUCGGAUGGAACACCGGUUGGUUACCUAGCCUGGACUAGUGAACCGAAAAUGGAUUCUCAACAGAUGUACUGCGGUCAGAUGGAAUACGACAAUGGUGUUAGAGAGUUCCGGAAAUGGAUAGCUGUACCAUGCACCGAAAAAGCCAGCUUAUUUCUUUGCAAGAAGAAGGCUGACAAAGAAGAAACUAAAAAGCCAGGCCCUGUAACAAAGAAGCCGGAUCCUGGGACAGGGAACCCGGAUCCUGGGACAGGGAACCCGGAUCCUGGGACAGGGAACCCGGAUCCUGGGACAGGAAACCCGGCUCCUGAUACAGGGAAACCGCGUCCUGGAACAGGAGGACCAUCUUCCUAUGAGGAAGAUGAUGAUCCAUUUGUGCUUUAUAAGGGAUGUUACCCUGGAGAGAAGUAA